AUGGCUCCCCCCGCUGGUGAGACUGUGACCAUCUCGAUCCGACGUCCCAUCGACGACCCCAUCUACCUGGCCGGCACCUUCUCCGACCCCCAAUGGGAACCCGUCGAGCUCAGCUCCAAGCCCGUCGACACCGAACCCGAUGAGGACGGACUUAUCUCCACCGAAUAUCUCUUCUGGCACGAUCUGACCCUGCCUCCCGGCCAACAUCAGUACAGAUUCCGUGAGGGGAAAAAGGGCCCCUGGUUUCACGAUGAAGCUGUAAAGCAUGUACCGGGUGAGGAUGGCCUCGUCAACGUGCUUACUGUUGGGGAGAAGGAGUCCGCGGCCGAUGCUGUUCAGCCCGUCAUCGAGAACGAUGUCAGCGAGAAAACGGAAGAGACUGUGUCGGAGGACGCCACGCCCAAGGAGAACGGGGUCAAUGGAGUCGCCGAGCACGACACACCUGCGCAGGAGUCUACGCCCGAAGAGCACAAGCCUGAGCCUCUCGCCGCUCAAAAAGAGACCGAGCUGGAGGAGCCUGUCACUAACGGCAGCACCGCGACCACUGAGGUCAAUGGAACCGAGACUGUGGAGCAGCCCUCGGAAGAAAAGCCUCCGGUCACUGCGAACGCCCCCGAAACCGUGGAAGAGAAGCCCGCCGAAGCCGAGACAACCUCUGAAAAGGAAGAAGCCGCCGCCACUCAGACUCAAGAAGCUCCAGUCAUCACUGAAGUUGCCGAAGCCGCCACAGACGCCGACAAGGACCAAACCAAGGAAGAAGAACCGGCCAUUGCUGUUGUGAGCGCCCCGGAAACCGACAGCAAGGCAGUUGAAGAGCCUCCGACGGAGAAGGUCGCCGACGAGCCCGUGUCUAAGGUCGAAGAGCCUGCUACCGAGAGUGCGGCCGUAGAGACUGCCGCGGAGGAAACCCCUGCAGUGGAAGCCGUCUCGGAGAAGCCUGCUGAGACCGAGCCCGUUGCGACUGAGACUGCUGAGGAAUCGACCGCUCAAGAGCCCGUCGAGGAGCAGCCCGUCAAGGAGGUGGAGGCAACUGAGGCCGCAGUGGUCGAGUCUACGGAAGAGGCUGUUAAGGAGGAACCCUUGACACAAGAGCCAUCCGAGUCUGCUGCUCCUGUCGAGUCCACGACUGAACCCAGCGCUGCGGCCAAGGAGCUGCCCGAGGAUAGCAAGACCCAACAACCUCUCGAAGUUGCUGCUCCUGCAGUUGCCGACGAAUCUGUCGCUCACGAGGCUCCCAAGAAGUCCGACGAGACCCCCGCUGUUGAGAUUUCCGCUCAGGAGCCUGCCAAGGAGGAGCUUCCCACGGAAGAGCCUGUGAAGGAGGAAUCCGUCAAGGAGGAGUCCGUUGCCGAGCCUAGCACCGAAAAUGUUACGGAAGAGCCAGUUGUCACCGAGACGCUAUCGGAGGCGGUUUCUGCUCAAGAAUCGACUGAGACCCCUGCCACUGCGGGAGCCGAAGCCGAACAAGCCGCGGAGGAGCCUACUGAGACCCAGGUCGCAGAGGCUUCUGCCAUCGAGCCUCUUCCCGAAGUGGCUUCUACCGGGGCGGGCGAGAAGGAAGAGCCUGUUGCGGAGCCAGUCACCGAGAAGUCUCCCGAGAUUGCUGCCGAGGUUGCGCCAGUGGAAGCUGCCGCCGAAAUCACGACCGUGGAUGAGUCCAAGGCUGAAGAAUCCGUGCUUGAGGAGAAGCCUGUAGAGGAGGCUGUCACUGAAGCCCCGGCUGAGGUAGCCGCUGCUGAAGCUUCUGAGCCCGCCAAGGAGCCUGUCGCUGACGAGCCUACUCCUGAGGUCUCUCACGCUGAACCUGUGGAGGAGCCGAAGGAGACCACGGUUGUUGAUGACAAGGUGACGGAGGUGAACGCUGUUGGGGAGCCAAUGGAGCCACCUGUGGAAGCCGCCAACGAACCCGCCCAGACCGAAGCCGCUGCCGAGGAACCUACUUUGGAAGGCGCAACCGCCGAAGCCACUACUCAGGAGGAGCCUGCUCACCAAGAGACCGUUGCGGAGAAGCCGGUUGUCGAGACUUCUGCUGAAGUCACUACCCCCGAAGCCUCUGCUCCCGAGAUCGUCCAAGAGCCUACUGAGAAGGAAAUUGUCACUGAGGAGCCAGCCGUGGAGAACUCUGAGAAGGCUGUUGUGGAAGAGCCGGUUGUUGAGGAGCCUGCCGUUGAAGUCCCCGCUGAGGUGGAAAGCGUGAAGGAACCUGUUGUUGAGCCCAUCCAAGAGCAGACCGUGGAGGAGCCUGUGGCUGAGAAGCCGGUUGCCGAAACUUCGGUGGAAGAACCUGCCAAGGAGGAAUCUGUUGUUGAAGCUCCUGCUACUGAAGCGCCCGCAGCUGAGGAGCUAGCUGCUGAGACCACUUCUGAAAAGGCGACAGAAGAGCCUGCUGUUGAGGAGGGAGUUGCUGACGCAGUUGCUGCUGAGGUUACUGAAGAGCCAGCUACCAAGGAGGAAUCCGCCGUCGAGGAAUCCGCCGUCGACCCCACUAUCGAGAAGGCCUCCGAAGAGCCGGCCAUUGAGCAACCAGUCGCCGAAACCACCCUUGAGAAGGAGAUUCAGAAGGAGCUCACAACGGAGGAAGAGCCAGCUGCUGAAGAGCCUGCUGUUGAGGCCACUCCUGAGGUCACUCACGAAGACGUUUCGGAGGAACCCAUUGCCGAGACUCCUGCUAUGGAAGAACCCAUUGCUCAAGAACCUGUUGCUGAGCCCAUCGUUGCCGAGACUGCCAAGGCCGUUGAAGAGCCUGCUCAGGAGACCCCCGUUACCGAGGAGUCAACUCACGAAGCCCCCACCGUGGAGGAAGUUGCAGAGCAGGAAAAGACUGUUGAGGAGCCCGUCGCUGAGGCCACCGAAGAGCCCGCCUCUUCCACUGAGCAGCCAGCUCCCGAGACUUCUGCUCCCGAGGAGCCUGCCGAUGAGGCGCCUGCUGUCCACACUACUGCCAUCGAGACUGCCGAAGAGAAAGCUCAGGAGGAGCCUACCGUCGCUGUCGAAGAGCCCGUGGUGGAAGCCGCCGCUGCUGAGGAACCCAUUACCGAACAGCCUACCGUUGAAGAGCCCGCCCAAGCCGAACCAGCUGCCGCUGAGCCCGUGACUGAGGAUGUUGUUGAAGCUACAGAGACCGUUCAGGAGCCUAUUGCCGAAGAGCCCGUCACUGCAAAGGUCGCCGAAGUCGCGGAGCCCAUCAAGGAGGAGCCUGUCGCCGAGGAAUCUGCUCAACCCGAGCCAGCUGCUGCCGAGAAGGCCACUGAGGAGGUUGCUGAAGUUGCGGAGCCCGCCCAGGAGAAAUCAGCUGUGGAGGAGCAAGCGCCCGAGGUUCUUGUCACCGAGGAGCCCACCGCAUCCGAGCCAGUGACUGAGGAGGUUGUCGUUGCUGAAGAGGUUGCUCCUGUUGCGGAGACGCCCGCUGAAGAGACUCAAGAAGAGCCCAAGGAGGCCCCUGUUGUCGAGGAGACUCCCGCCGUCGAGGAGAGCGUUGUUCCAGAGGUCGCCCUCGAGAAGUCUCACGAGGAGCCUAAGGAGGCACCUGUUGUUGAGGAGGUUCCUGCUGUGGAGGAGACCCCCGCUGUCGAGACCGCUACUGUGGAGGAAACCCCAGCUGUCGACGAGACUCCCGCCGUGGAGGAGGUUCCUGCUGUCGAGGAAGCCCCUGUUGUCGAAGCUGCUGCCGAAGAGACUCCUGCUGUUGAGGAGGUUCCCGCUAUCGAGGAGACCCCUGCCGUCGAGGAGACCCCCGCCGUAGAAGAGACACCCGCUGUCGAGGAGACCGCUACUGUGGAGGAAACCCCCGCUGUUGAGGAAACCCCCGCCGUGGAGGAGGUUCCUGCUGUCGAAGAAACCCCCGCUGUCGAGGAGACCGCUACUGUGGAGGAAACCCCCGCUGUCGAGGAAACCCCAGCUGUCGAGAAGACCCCCGCCGUUGAAGAGACUCCCGCCGUCGAGACCGCUACUGUGAAGGAAACCCCCGCUGUCGAGGAAACCCCAGCUGUCGAGAAGACUCCCGCCGUCGAGACCCCUGCUGGUGAGGAGGUUUCUGCUGUCGAGGAAGCCCCUGUUGUUGAGGAGACCCACGCCCUUCACGAGAGCGCUACUCCAGAAGUCACCACCGAGAAGUCUCAGGAAGAGCCUAAGGAAGCCCCUGUUGUUGAAGAAACUCCCAUCGAGGAGACUCUCCCCGAGGUGCCUGCAGCAAUCGUUGCUGACGAGCCUAAGGAGGCACCGGUUGUUGAGGAGACCCCCAUCGAGAAGACUAUCGAUGAGGUUGAGCCGACUGCAGCAGCUGUGGAGGAGCCUGUCGCUGUGCCCGUCCAAGAGUCUGCUGAGGAGUCUGUUCCUGAGGUCGCCGAGAAGGAGGCAGUUGUUGAAGCGCCCGCCGCGGAAGACUUUAUUCCUGCAGUCAUCAAGGAAGACGUUGCCCGCGUGACGGAAAGUGCCGACGAGCCUGUUGCUGCUGAGCCAACACCCGAGACUCUUGCAUCUGAGUCUGCCUCCGAGACUACUCCGGUCGAGGCGGCUGAGGAACCCCAAGUGCAGGAGGAGGAGCAACUUUCUGAACGUGUGUCUUUCGCCGAGAUUGAAGGCAAGGAGGUGCAAGCCCCCAUCAAUGGAGUCAUCAACACGCAGACGGCUGCCCAAGAGGAAGUCACCGACGCUGCUAGCGCCGUCAAGGAAGAUACUCCUGUCGAGCCGGCUUCGUUGCAGUCGGAGGAAGUCAGCAGAGAAGUUGUGCCUGAAGAUAUUGUCGCUUCUGAACCUGUUGCUGAGGCUGCUACGGAGCAAGAGUCCCCCAAGGACAGUCUUCUGACACCCGAGAUUAUUGCCGCCGGCGCUGCCGCCGCCGUUGCUGCUGGAACUGCUGCUGCCGUUGGAGCCGCUUCGGUCUCCCACAAGGGGGCUGAGGCUGCUGCACCUGCUGAGACCAAAUCACAGGAACCCCAGCCCGAGAACAAGGACAAGGCCGUCAACGUUGUGCCUGGAACUUGGCCCACUGAGGGUAAGAGCUCUCUGGCCACGAGUAAGCAACUCAGAACUGACCCUGAUGCAGCCCACGCCGGUGACGACGCCGCCAAAUCGACCCGCCAGCCCACCGCCGAAUCGUCAUCGAACGCUGCUGACAAGGCCGUGGCCACCAAGGGAGAUGAGAACCCUCGCUCACAGAGUCAAAAUCGGUCAGUCACCGCUGUUUCUCUGAAUCAUAAGAAGCAUGACAGCUGGUUGAAGACUAUCUUACGCGCUGUGUUUACCAAUUUCUUUGGAGCAAUCUUUUCUCCCUUCCGCCGUCGCGGAGGGAACAACCAAUAG